UACUAGCUGAUUCCUGCGCUCACGCAAGGCGGACCUUGAGUCGAACCUGUCGCCCCCAACGCCCGGGCCUGGGUGCCUGGAUAUUCCCCCGCCCACGCCUCCUGCCGGUCGCUACCACCCUUAGCUUCUCAGACUGAGCUCGGCGCACCGGAGAGGAUUAAAACCGAGAGAGGCAGGGGUCUCCUGGUAAGGAUUCGGCUGUGCCGUGCCAGUGGUCAUCAACGGUGGUAGGAACAACAGCCUCGGACACUCCUAACGUCAGAAGUCGGUGGGCAAGUUGACUGAGCGCUGGCAGUCUCCCAGUGUCAGCAUGAACUCCAGGGUCCCAGCUACUCGGAGCUGGUUCAGCAGCCACCCGCCCACCACUGAGCCUGACUUGGAGCCUGCCGCCGCCACCGCUGAAGGCUCUACCACCGAGACCGCCACCCUCAGCCCAGAAACCACAAGUUUCAAUGACACCAGGAUCCCUGAUGUGGCAGGUGGUGCGGCUGGUGUGGGCACCAUGCUUCUGUCCUUUGGGAUCAUCACAGUGAUUGGCCUGGCUGUGGCCAUGGUUUUAUACAUCAGGAAGAAGAAGAGGCUGGAGAAGCUGCGCCACCAGCUCAUGCCUAUGUACAACUUUGACCCCACGGAGGAACAAGACGAGCUGGAGCAGGAGCUACUGGAACAUGGGCGAGACGCAGCUUCCAUGCAGGCUGCCGCCUCGCUGCAGGCCACACAGGGCAAGAGCACUCUCCCUUCCCAGGGCCCGCUGCAGAGGCCCAGCAGGCUGGUGUUUACCGAUGUAGCCAAUGCCAUCCACGCGUGAGAGGCCGGAGAACAGGCCUGGAUCUCUGACAAAGACGACUGCCACGGGGCGUCAGCGCUGCCCACUUCCCGACUGUCAAAACCAAUUCUCAGGGCCAGAGCCACCGCCACCACUGAGGCAGGAAAGGGCUGCGACGGGACCCCAGCUGUGCUGAGGCCCCACCCACUGACUCUCAAGCUUGCAGAGAGCUCUGACCAGGCCAGUCAUUUGACCACUGACUUCUCCUGAAUCCAUGGCCCUGCUGGCUUCCUGGUCUCCUGUAUCCCUUGCAUCAAGGUCUGCUUCCCUGAUGGUGAGGAAGAACUGAAGCUUGGAGAGGGGUGACUUUUUUUGUGGGGGUGUGUGUGGCUGGAGUCUCUUCUAAGGUAGAGAUGGGCAAACAGGCAGAUGACUGGGACAGGGCAGGGAAAUACCUUUUUUUUCGAGGGUGUGGGGAGGGAAGGAAGAAUUUAUUUUAUUUUAUUUUGU